AUGCUCAACUGGUACCUCGCAGCUGCGGAGCAUCAGUUGGGCCACUACGCGCUCUCUGCAAACCACGCAUCGCAGGCAAUUGGAAAUCUUCUGCGGACGAUGGCCAGCGUCAGCGAAGUGGUCGCCAGCUUUCAUCAGCACAUGCACGAUACUGACGUGGCCGCUGCUCGUCAACUGCCCAAGCGUCUACUCGCCGCUCUGCCCGCACUGGAAGGCGAGGAGCCGACGCUGCAGUCGAUCGAAGCCCAGAUGGUUGUGCUGUUCAAUGCCGCUGUCAUCUCCGCCAGUGCGGGAGAAGUGACAGAAGCCGAAGCUGCCAUCGUGACCCUCCUGAAGAAGGCAGUCGUGCUCCAUCUCAUGACCGGCACUGCAGCUAUCAACCGAGAGAGCUCACCAAGGGCAGCGAAGCGACGUAGAACGGAGCCAACUAAGGAGGAAAGCGAGACCAAGCGCGGCUCAACGAUCGAGGUCGUCGAGCAGAUCGCUAAAGAGGUCGUCAACAGAACCGGCCCUAGAGGAAUGCCGCACGACCGAGCACAAAAGGAAGAGGAGGCAUGGGACGAGUACCGACAAGCGCGGGAGAUGAUCGACCGCAUUGGAGAGGUGUGCGUCAAAGCCGUUCACCUCUUGGCCGUGAUCGACCUCUCCUCCUCGAACGUCGAAAACUGGAAGCGAGCCAAGCGAAUCCUGCGCAUCAUUGCCGACGCGUCCGCCAACAACGACAUCUGUCAAUGGCCGGCUGUCGAUGACAUCGGUUCAAGUCGAGUGGCUCUUCCCUGCCUUCGAUGUCACUUUCCUCGCUUCACCGUGGCCGAUGACGACGGACCAGAUUGCGGGCUGCACAUCACCCACUACCUCCUCGGUGUAGCGUACUACCUGCAAGGCAAGCUCAACAAGGCUGUGAAAGCACUGGAAGGCGCGACCCGCGGCGAUUUCUACGAGGCACACUACCUACUGGGUACCCAGCUGUGUUCUGCGUUCGGCUUGUUACUCGAGCCGAUCACUCAGUCCGAAGACAACUUGCUCGCGCCCGACUGUUUGAACUUGGUUGCUGUUGCCCACGCCAUGCAGGCAAAAGCCCACGGCGAGGGUGUCGGGAGCGAUGAGGUUCGACCGCCACACGUUGUUCCCUUGUCGAGCCAGGCCGACCUUGGCAGUGCGCAAGCUGCCAUUGUAGAUGCGCACGACGUUUCGAGGCUGGCGAUCGAAUACGUCUCUGCGAAGUCUGCCCUCGCGCAACGCGACUACAAAACUGCCCUCGCGCACUAUCGCGCCAUCGCCAACACCCUGAAGAGGCCGGGCAGUGUGGACGUACCCGAUAGCCUGCCUGUGGAUGGGCCGGUCGUGUGGCACGAGUACCUGGAGUGCUUGCUUGCCACUGGAGCUCACACCAAGGACGUUUCGGCCCUGUUCUCUGUGUCCCAAGCUCUGUUCCGGCUCGGCAAGUUUGAAGAGGCUUUGUCGGUCCUCGAGCGCAUCGGCUCUGCGAUGGCGGCGGCGAAAUCAGGGAAGAUCACGGCCGCACCACACGCCGAGCUGAGAGUGCGUCUGAAUAACAACAAGGCGAUGGUGAUGGCCCGCCUCGGUAGGCAUGAGGACGCGCUGAACCAGCUGCAGGCCGUUCAAAACCUGGCCACCGCCAAAGACCAAAAGUUGGAGGUGGCGUUCAACAUCGCCGUGCUGUUGACGCACAUGAAGCGAGAGGAGGACGCCGCCCGGGCGUGGCUACCCGCCAGAGGGCAGCCGCUUGACCAGCUUCCCAGCUACUAUCAGCGCUGGGUCGCCAACGUACGGACCGACAGCAGCGCCGGGUACGCUUCGCCCACGAACCGAAGGCCUUCGGACAAGACAGCCCGCGAUUUUAACUCUUCUGCCAUGGCCGCGGCCACCAGGUGGCCGGCGGAGACCAGCUACCGCGAGAUGGACCGAGCGCUCGGGGAGGUGUGGCGCAAGUGCCGCGAGCAGCAGAGGGUCCUGGAGGAGAUCGAGAGUGUGGGCAGCCUCGCCAUCGACUGCUUUGAUACCUGA